AUGGCUAAACUUGCAGUCCGGGAGCGAGCUCAAAACCUGUCCGUGAGGGUACAGAAGAAGAACUGGACAAGUUUUUGUACGUCCGAGUGGCCGGCUUUCAACAUCGGGUGGCCACGGGAUGGGACUUUUGACUCUCGCAUUAUCUUACAGGUGAAGAGCCAGGUCUGCAGGGAAGGUAGAGAAGGGCACCCGGAUCAAGUACCCUACAUCUGUGUGUGGGAGGACCUGGCACAAAACCCUCCUAAAUGGGUAAAACCCUUUCUCCCGGCCGACCGAGUCGUGGCAGGUGCCUUACCCGCCCCGCCUUCGCCCAUAACACCUUUAAAACCGCAACCCGCAGAUCAAAGCGGGCUCCCCAUUGUUAUGUGGGAAGAUCCAGAGCAAAAUUCGCUAAUUGCCCCUACCACGACCCUUUAUCCAUUAAAAGAGUUAGACUCCCUAAAGGCAAAGAAACCCCCGGUCCUCCCGGGCGGACAGGAGGAUCUUUUGCUUUUUGACACCCCACCACCUUACGCGCCCCCCCCAAGAGAGCCUACGGCACCUUCCCCGGAUUCCACGCAGGAAGAUAGGGAGGAGGACCCCCCGACUCGUUCAACCCCCAUGAGUGCCAGGCUGCGCUUACGACGGGGAGGGGGGAGUGAGGACGGGCAGUGGGAGGCUCAGGCUUUUCCACUCCGCUCAGUGGGGGGUCAGCUACAAUAUUGGCCGUUCUCAGCUUCAGAUUUAUACAAUUGGAAAACUCAUAACCCGCCUUUUUUGCAAGAUCCUCAGGCACUGACAGGAUUAAUUGAAUCUAUUCUUUUAACCCACCAACCGACUUGGGAUGACUGCCAGCAGCUCCUGCAGGCUCUCCUGACCACGGAGGAGAGACAGCGAGUUCUCACGGAAGCCCAGAAAAAUGUUCCAGGGGACAAUGGUCAACCUACCCAACUACCGAACGAGAUUGAUGCAGCAUUUCCGUUGACUAGACCGGAUUGGGAUUUUAGUACGGCAGCAGGUAGGGAACGACUUCGUCUCUAUCGCCAGAUUCUCCUGACAGGUCUCAGAGGGGCAGGGAGACGCCCCACCAAUUUGGCUAAGGUACGUGCCAUAACCCAAGGUAGUGAAGAGACCCCAGCGGGGUUCCUAGAAAGAUUAAUGGAGGGAUACCGGAUGUACACCCCGUUUGACCCCCAGGCUCCUGAUCGGCAGUCGGAUGUAAUAAUGUCUUUCAUUGGCCAAUCGGCCCCAGACAUCCGAACGCGGCUGCAGAGACUGGAAGGCUUACAGGGUUAUACUUUGCCAGACCUCCUAAAGGAGGCAGAGAGAAUCUUUAAUAAGAGAGAAACUAAGGAAGAAAAGGAGGAAAGAAUGCAAAAGGAACAGGAUCAGAGAGACAAAAAGAGAAAUAGGGAGUUAGCUAAAAUCUUGGUCACCGCAGUAAGCGAAUCAAAUAGCCAGGAUAGGCCAGGUUACGGUAGAGGUCAGAUAAAGAAAUACCCGGGAGACAAAAACAGACCGCGGAUAGAACGAGAUCAGUGUGUGUACUGUAAGGAAAGAGGACAUUGGGCUAGAGACUGUCCAAAUAAAGCCACCGCCAGAAAGAAAAAGGAGACUGACAUCCCAGUUCUUGCCCUGGGGGAAGAGGACGAUGACUAGGGGGGUCAGGGCCAGGAGCCUCCCCCUGAGCCCCGGGUAACCCUGCGAGUGGGAGGCAGGCCGGUCACGUUUAUGGUGGAUACCGGAGCUCAGCACUCUGUUUUAAACAAAAAGAUUGGCCCCCUUAGCUCAAAAAUUUCUUGCGUCCAGGGGGCAACUGGAAGAAAAAUGUACCCAUGGACCACGGAACGACAGGUAGAUCUAGCUACUGGCCAAGUCACCCACUCAUUUCUUUUAGUACCGGACUGCCCAUACCCCUUGUUGGGGAGAGACUUGCUAUCCAAGGUGGGAGCCCAGAUUCAUUUCCAGAAGGAAGGGGCCUCAGUGACGGAUUCUGGUGGGCACCUUCUACAAGUAUUGUCCUUACAAUUAAGAGAUGAACAUCGUUUAUAUGACAAAGAAAAAAUAAAUACUCCGCUAGCCCCCGAGUGGAUAGAAAAAUUUCCGAGUUCUUGGGCAGAAACUGGAGGAAUAGGAUUGGCCAUUCAACAGCCACCCGUAAUAGUAAAUGUAAAGCCUACAGCUGAACCAAUAUCUGUACGGCAAUAUCCUAUGACCAAGGAAGCAAAGGACGGAAUCCGGCCCCACAUUAAGAGACUGCUGGACUUGGGGAUAUUAAGACCCUGCCAGUCUCCUUGGAAUACUCCCUUACUGCCAGUACGGAAACCGGGCACCACUGACUUCCGACCGGUGCAGGACCUACGCGAGGUAAAUCGUCGGGUUGAAGACAUUCACCCGACCGUGCCAAAUCCGUACAACUUGCUGAGCACUUUGCCUCCAUCGCGCACUUGGUAUACGGUACUAGAUUUGAAAGAUGCCUUCUUUUGUCUGAGAUUGAGCCCCCAGAGCCAACCUUUGUUUGCAUUUGAAUGGAAAGACCCGGAGACUGGAUUCUCAGGGCAAUUGACUUGGACCAGACUUCCACAAGGAUUUAAGAAUUCGCCCACACUAUUCGAUGAAGCCUUACAUCAUGACUUGGCAAGUUUCAGGGUGAGUAACCCUCAAUGGACUCUUUUACAGUAUGUAGAUGACUUGCUCCUGGCAGCGGAAACUGAAGCAGACUGUAAACAGGGCACGGAGUCCCUGCUCCAAACGCUAGGUGAGCUGGGAUAUCGCGCCUCUGCCAAAAAGGCCCAAAUAUGUGUCCAACAGGUAGUUUACCUGGGUUAUAAAUUAAAAGGGGGCAGGAGGUGGCUAACGGAGGGACGUAAACAGGCAGUGGCACUUAUACCUCCACCUAAAAACCCACACCAGUUGAGGGAAUUUCUGGGGAGUGCCGGCUUCUGCCGCCUGUGGAUUCCUGGGUUUGCGGAGAUUGCGGCUUCCCUAUAUCCCCUCACAAAAAGCAAUUCCCCCUACAUCUGGGGAGAAGAACAGCAAUUGGCCUUCGAUAAACUAAAAAGGGCCCUCUUGGAAGCCCCCGCACUGAGCCUGCCUGACCCCAGCAAGCCUUUUAUCCUAUAUAUAGAUGAAAGAGGGGGAAUCGCAAAGGGAGUCCUGACCCAAAAAUUGGGGCCUUGGAAGAGACCAGUGGCCUAUUUUUCGAAGAAACUGGACAGUGUCGCCUCCGGGUGGCCCCCAUGUCUCCGCAUGAUAGCGGCAGUGGCCACGAUUGUAAAAGAUUCUGACAAACUGACUCUGGGACAGCCACUGACUGUAGUGACGUCUCAUGCUAUUGAGACGGUCAUACGUCAGCCACCUGAUCGAUGGUUAUCAAAUGCCAGAGUUACCCACUACCAAGCAAUGUUACUCAACCCCGAGCGUAUCCGGUUUGGAACGACGGCCUCUCUCAACCCAGCCACUCUACUGCCAGAACCAGGAGACCAUACGCAGGUCAGCCACAAUUGCCAACAGGUGCUGGCUGAAGUCUAUGGGGCUCGCGAGGACUUGACGGAUCAGCCCCUGCCAGACGCGGAGUACACCUGGUAUACGGAUGGCAGCAGCUUCCUCCAUCAAGGUGAGAGGAGGGCAGGGGCGGCAGUGGUCGACGGGAAGACUGUUAAAGGAGAGGACCCAGUGGCACAGGGUAACCGGAUGGCGGAUAAGGUGGCCCGAACUAACGCCUUGGGUGGCUAUGUGUUAAAUAUCAAUGUGCCAGACCCUCCCAGCCGGGGGCCGGAAUGGAAUUACACCGAACAAGAUGUGACAGCUAUACAAAGGCUAGGAGGAAUUUACGACGAAACCACUAAAAGUUGGAAAAUACAAGGCAAAGUCGUGCUGCCCACGAAAGAAACCAGGAAAUUAGUGCAAGAUCUACAUAGAUGGACACAUUUGGGGUAUAAGAAACUAAGAACCUUGCUGGAUAGGGAGGAGAAUUCUCAUUUUUUACUAGGGCUAAAUGCAGCGAUAAAACAAACCGUGAAUGCCUGUGUCCCAUGCGCCAAGAUAAAUCCCAGAUGUUUUAAAAUGCCUGAAGGAAUCCGGAUACGGGGAGCUAGGCCUGGAAUUAAUUGGGAAGUGGAUUUUAUAGAGGUCCGCCCAAGUAGAUAUGGGAUUAAAUAUCUUUUAGUGUUCAUAGAUACCUUUUCCGGCUGGCCUGAAGCAUUUCCAGUGAAAAAGGAAACGGCACAAGUCGUGGUUAAGAAGCUACUAGAAGAAAUCUUCCCGCGGUUUGGUUUACCUAAGGUAUUGGGGUCAGACAAUGGACCCGCCUUCGUCUCCCGGACCCGCUUCCGUGCUUUGCAGCUAGUCCACAGGCAUAUAGGGAAGCAGCUGACUGCCGUAUAUCAGUCCAAGUGCCCCGCGCUCCCGCAUCCGUUCCAUAUUGGAGACCUUGUCUACGUCCGCAGGCACCAGACUAAGACGCUUGAACCACGUUGGAAGGGACCCUACACAGUAUUAUUAACUACGCCGACCGCAAUAAAGGUAGACGGAAUUGCCGCCUGGAUACACGCGUCACACGCUAAGAAAGCGGCAGCUGCACAAGAACAAGAGACCGACAGCCCUGCCGAGGAACAGACACCAAAAUGGAAACUACAACGUACUCGAAACCCACUCAAGAUAAGAAUUUCAAAAGCUGUCUAG